AUGAAAAAUGCAUGCUGGGCUGCAUGGUGGCACUUUCGAAGUACAGAUCAAAACCCACAUCAUUGUCUUUGCAAUCCUGACCGUUGUGGCAUGUACAAAGAUCCAAAAUUCACACAUGAAGCGUACGAAAUACCGUCAUUACAUAUAAUAAAUGUUCGCCCGACAGGUGAUACAUGCACGAAAGUCGGUUUGAAUUCGUCGCCUGAGCAUUACUAUCUUAUAUUUGACGGACACGAACUGAACGUCAAUAACACGAUCCGAGAAUCGGGUAUAAUCAAUGUCACAGAGAAUUCUAAUCAUAAUUACCCAGAACUACGAUUAAAAUUUUUAUAUCAACUUGAAGAAUCCGCUCAUAUUGCCGCACACGUUGUGCUUACCUCACCUGAAGAACUCGUUUACCGUGAAGUUUUUGAGAUACUCGAUUCACCAACAAAACAAGACAUUAUGUCUGAUUUUUUAAAGCCAUUGAUUGAACAAAUCUGUAAACAUAAAUCGCAAUCUUCAGCAUUCUCGUCAAAAUUAAUUUCAAUGCCCGUCUUUACAAAACAAGUUCUUGAUGAAUUGCCAUCUGUACAUAUAAGUGUACCACUAAAACCAAAUGAAUUUGAUUGGAAUGAAUUUUUGCAAUACCUGGCCAUCGAUCUCGGAAUUGACAAAAAUGACAUGUUUUUAAUGAGUGCACAAGAAGGAAGCACGAAAUAUGAAAUCAAGUUCAAGGCUACAAUCUCAAUUACUGAGUUUAUCGCUCCACAAAAGUUAUCCGAUGAUAUUAAAGAAAUUCUGAAAAUUGAAGCAAAAUUGUCCAAUUUUUCUGAAAAUCAAAGUUCACUCUCGUCCGAAAAUUUGACGGACGAUGAUAUCGAUACAGCUCUUGAACUUAUGCAACGACCAGCAAUUAUUGAUCCACAAGUUUGGAAAUAUCUCAGAGAAAAGCGUCGUAAGAUUAGCGGUGCCAUUCUUCAUGCUUUUCAAAGAUCACUAGUCGAAUAUGUUAUUGAGAGUAUGUUACUUGUUCAAAAUGAAGAGCUUUAUGACAAAUAUAUUAAAUGUGCAGUUCAUGGUGAAGAAAUGGUACUUUUCCAUGGAACGAAGAGUGCUAAUAUGAUGGUAUAUUUGAUAUGA